CUGGACACGCUGGUGGUAACACUUAUUUACUGUUUGGAGUACAAGCACCACGAGACUCCUGGGUUCUUAAACAAGACAUCAAUUGGCAGGCGCCUGACUGAUUGACCAGGAAAGAAACGUGCCAUGCUUGUCAACUUUUGUCCUUAACCAAAACAUCUACUGGUCUCGCUCGCAGCAAUGAUGUGGCUCCCUCAAGCCUGGUCGUCAAUAUGCCUGCUUCUUGCAUGUGCAAUUGGCACACGAGCAGCAGUCGAGGCCGAUACUUCCAUGAAGAGUAUCCCUCUGCGCACGCACAGUCUGGCUCCUCCGUACCUCGACUCUGACAUGUCGAGUCGAUGGUUCGACUUUGGCGGCGACACCAUAAUACGAACGGACCAGUACAUCCGAUUGGCCUCCGAUGUGCCCUCCCAGUCAGGAUGGUUGUUCUCGAGAAUACCUCUCACGGCGACGAAUUGGGAGGUGGAAUUCGAGUUUUCUAUACAAGGAAAGGGACACUUACACGGUGACGGGUUCGCGCUUUGGAUCACCAAGGAGAGAGGCCAGCCGGGGCCGGUGUUUGGUCACGCGGAUCGAUUCGAAGGCCUCGGAAUCUUCUUCGACACGUACAAGAACAACAGGCCUGGAGUGGUGUUCCCAUACGUGAUGGCCAUGAUGGGAGACGGGCAAACGACUUACGAUUCAGCCAACGACGGCAAGGCUAAUGAAAUUGGAGGAUGCUCGGCACGAGGACUGCGCGGUGCAUCGAUCCCGACCAAAGCCAAACUGACGUAUUUCCAAGACAAGUCGUUGUCACUACAGUUGCAGUAUAAGUCGACGGAUUCCUGGAUCGACUGUUUCAGCCUGGAACCAAAUGCAAAUAUGCCUCUGAAGUUGCCCAACACUGCUUACUUGGGUUUCAGUGCGCAUACUGGUGAGCUUACGGACAACUUUGAUGUCAUCAGCGUGGAGACGAGGAACUUGUACAACCCUGUCGCUGCGAACACUGGUAGAAAUUCAGCCGCUGCCAACAGAGCGAGCGCACGUGGACGACCUGAUAAGAAGACCGGUGGUUGGGGCUGGUUCUUUUUCAAGUUGAUCUUGUUUGGUGGACUUGUUGGAGGUGGAUACGUGGGUUACAACAAGUACAAGCAGAAGCAGCGAUACACUGGAUUCUAGACGAUUCCACUGUAGCACGCAUAGCCAGUCAAUAUGUACAAUGAAUGACCAAAAGAAAAUGAAAUCCGG